UGUUUACCAUGAAAUUUUUAAGCAUAACUUUGAAUGAUUUUUCUAUUGUCUGAAUAUUUAACACUGUCUUUGUCUUGUAGAAAUUAAAAAUCAACUUUAUACAAUAAAGUUACUAUGUACAUGCUAAACUUAAAACAAUUCAUCGAGGAGUCUAUUAUUUCACCUUCCAUCUCAUGAAGAUGGUAAUUUUGCAUCUGGUUGCUUUCACGAAUGAUGGUCUGGUACGAAGUCGGCUAUACUCCACGCACUGAAGAACGUUACUACAUGCAGAUGUACUCCCUGCUUCACCACACCAGAGGGCGCACAUAUCAUGCCAAUGAACUAACUCGGCCAUAUUCCAUCAUCGACACAUUCAUAUGCAAUUUUUUCAUGUCGUAUCAGAACAUUUGAUAUUUCACCUCUUGCAUUCCCUGUGUACGUUCAUAGCAAACAAUAACCCAUAGCUAAUUGGGUGCGAAUAACCAAUGUAGGGCCUAUUGCCCAUCCCAAAACUAUUACGACUGUCAGAUGUUUUUGUUUGCCGUGCCGAACACAACGGACCAAAACAACAAGUGUGCAGCAGCGUGCCGGAUGUCGUGUGUGGAGCUGUUGAGCUGCUGAGCGAGACUCACCGAUACUUUCUGGAUAAUUGUUGUGCCUGGGCUUCUUGCUUCUUGUUAUCCGAGGACUACCGACUUGCUCCUCCGCGCCAUUCGGAGAUUGCCUGCCAGGUCUGGUGGAUCGUAACAGCCACAGAUGGAGCUGUUGCCGGACGACGUCGUGGCGGCCGUGCUAAGCCUUCUCGUCGUUGAAGACCUUAUGCAGUGCCGGUUGGUCUGUCGGCGUUUCCGAGACCUGUCCGGACGUUUUGACGUGUGGCGUCAUCGGCAGAUUUUCGAGCCCGAACUCCUUCGCCUGUCGCCGCCCUGCUGUCGCGGGCUCUACCUGAUGGGCGAGGAGGUACGGCGGUGUGGCUUCCUGGCCGCGACCACUACGUGCGCCACUACCUUCCUGAACGUGUAUUUGGGAGAGUCUGCUGAUAUCCCCAUGGGUGCCCUCGUGGUCCGUAACCAGGCUGGCAGAGGGCGUCUCAGGAGUCUGAGCCUUAGUCUGGCCGGUGGGACGUAUAAGAGUCCACAUGCUAGCUCUGCAGAUCUUUUUGAAAUCUACUCAGUCCUUCUGGGCAUAAAUGGUCUGCUGGAGCUCGAUCUGAAAGACGUUUGCGUGCUUCCCAGGGUCGCAAUGCAGCUGACCGGUCGCUCAGACUGGCCCGUUGUGGCGCCCUCCCUGCAGAAGCUAGAGUACCGGACGUUUCAAGUUACGCCGAUUUUUGAGCUGCUGUUGCGGAGGCACGCUCCCACCCUGCGAGAAGUCCACGUCACUGGCAUUCACCCUUCGGUGGAUGAUGUGUCUGGAUUGCUGAUGAACCUCACCCACCUCCGUGAGCUGACGUGCCCGCUCCUGGAGGGCAUGUAUCAGCUGCUGCAAUGCCGCUCGCUGAGAGUCCUAAGGAUCGUCACAGUCUGGGAUAAAGCCAAGAGCAGCAGCAAUCGCGCCCUGUGUGCUGCCCGAUUCCUCUUGCGCUGCGCUACCUACUUGAGGCGAGUGAUUUUGGACCACAGCAUGAAUAACGGAGACGAGGGAGUAGACCUGGUCCGGGCGUUGGGUGAAUCUGGCGUCUCUGAGGUUACUUGUCUUGAAAUCGACACUGUUCCCAUCUAUGCGGAUAAAAUUUGGGAGCACAUCAUUAGCACUCUGCCAAAACUUCCCUGCGUCGAGAAGCUGGUCUUCCAUAGCCGAGGCUCAUCCUUCAUGAUCGACUGGCUCAGCGCUAUUCGCCCAGAGGUUGCACCGAAACUUCGUCAGUUGCACAUAUGUGGUCCAAGACAGUGUGUAUGCUGUAGUAAGGAAGAGAUCAUCCGAGUGCUGGAGCUGAACCGACAGAUGCGACUGAUCAUCCCUCAUCUAUAUCGUCCGAAAUGUAGCAGUGGCUGUGGCAUGUGCACUGAUGUUUCCCCCUUGACGUACUCGACGGUCACUUUAGGCAUUCGACAUGUUCCCAAAGUAUGGCCAAAUGUACCUUUAGUAAAACGCGAGUAAAAAGGAACGCAUGACCUUUCAUGUGAAGUAAACACAGCUGUGAUUAUUGUUUUGCUCCCUCUUGCAAUUUAAACUUGUAGACUGCUGUGUAACUGUGUCAAAUGUUUUGAUUUGAAGGAAGUCUUGCUACUAAAUACUAGAAGACACACA